AUGAGUUCUUGUGUUAGCAAAAGUAAAAGUAUGAGCUUAAGUAUAAGUUAUUCUUCAAAAAAUGGAACAGAUAAAAAUAUAGAAAACAAAAAAAAUUCAUCGAAUAAUUACUCAAUUGAAGAAAAUAUUAAUGAGGAUAGGAAAUGUGAACAAAAUACUAAAAAUGAUGUUAAUAUAUCAGAAAAAUUGAAAGAACACAUGAAGUUGGCAGAAAAUAAAAUUAGUGAGAAUAAGAAAUUAAAAAAUUUUGGUUUGAAACAUAGAAUAACUGAAGAGAAUAAUAAUAAUGAUUUAAAUAAAAAAAAAAGAAAAAAAGAACACAUUUAUUCAAGUGAUAGAGUCAGUAUCUCUUUUAAUGAUGAUGAAAAAAAAGAGAGAAAAAAAAAAAAGAAAAGAAAUACUAGAAGAAAGAAAAGUGAAAAUAAUCCAAAAUAUUUGAAAAGAGAUAGUUAUGAUAUAUCUACAAAAAGAAAAAAAAAAAAAGAAUACGGUAAAUAUAAAAAAUAUUCUUCCAAUACGAGUACUUAUGACAUUUAUGAAGAAAAAAGAAAAGACAAGAAAAGGAUGAGAAAUGAAGAAUAUAAAAGGAAAAGAUGCAAUAGGUUAAAAAGUAUCAGUAUUUCAAGUUUUUAUGAAGAUAUAAAUUAUAGUGAUAGUAAAAGUGAAAAUAGUGAUUAUAAUAAAAAGAAAAAAAUUUAUGAUAAUAUAAAAAAAAUUAAUAAAUAUGAAGAGGAAAAAAAAAGGAAGAAAAAAAAGAAUAAUAAAGAAAGAAAUAACAUAGGUAAAUUAGACAAAAGCAAGAAUUAUAACAGAAAUAAAAGUAAAGAUUCUUAUUCAACUAACUUAAGUUAUGAAGAAUUUAAGAAAAAAAAAAAAAGUAAAAAUGAACAUAAAGAUCAAAUACUAAGUAGUGGAGAAAAAGAUAAAAAAACAAAUAAUUCAAAAUAUGCUAAUACUGAAAAUUUAGGUAAUUUUAAUAUUAGUAAGAAUCAUAUGAAUAAAACAGAUAUCAAAGAUGGUGAAUCGGAAGAUAGUGAUGGUUACCUGAGCAAAAGUAAAAAACACGAAAAAAAAAUUUUAAAAAAAAAAUUAAAACAUGAAGAAAAAAGCGAAAAGGAGAAGUUAAGUGAAUGGGAAUUAGAAAAAGGAAGAACAAAAGAAAAAAAUAAUAAAGAAAGAGAUAAGAAAAAAAAAAAGAAAAAAAGAAAAUAUAAUGGUUACGAUAGUGAAACAACUGAAAAUUUUUUAUCUACUAAUGAGGUAAGUGAUUCUAAUUAUUCAGCAUUAUCUAAAGAAAAACAAAGUUUAUUUAGCAAUAGUGCACCUGAUGAAUUAUCAAAAUCAAAAAGUAAAGAUUCUUAUAUUAAAAGAAGGAGUAGUGAAUCUGAAAAAAGAAAUCAAGAUGAAAAAAUAACAAAAAAAAAGAAAAAAAGAAAAAGAAGAGUUAAGAGUUACAGCGAUGGUAAUAGUGAUGAUUUUAAUUAUAGUUUUAAAAAAGAUGUACAAAAAGAGAGAGAAAAUAAAAAAUAUGGCAAAGUAAAUGAAAAUAAUAAAAGAAAUGAUUCAAUGAUAAAAUUUGAAAAUAAAAGACAAAGUUUUUACUAUGAUGCUACACCUAGAUAUAGACAUUAUGAGUAUCACAAUUUAAAAAAUACGAUAUAUGGUAAUAAGUAUUAUAAUAAUAAAAAUAUUAAUGAUACAGAAAAAACAGGUAUAAUAAAUAGAGAAAAAUCAUGUCCUUUCUUACUUCGCCUUUUUUAUAAGCAUGAUAGUGAAUAUAACGAUGAUGAUAUAAAUUUAUAUUCAAAAGAUUUUAAUAGCAACGAACUACAAAUAUAUGCUUGGAUUGAUAUAACAAUGAGAGAAAUAGUUACACUUGUAAAAGAUUUUUAUGAAGAAAGUAGAAAGAGAAAUGCAGAAUGGAUAUUUAAAGUAUUAUCUAAUGAAAAGAAACAAUUAACUUUUUUAUCUAAAAUACAUAGCACAAAAUAUAAUUAUAAAGAAGAUAAUAAAACUUUGUUAUCAUUAAAUUAUGAAAUUGGAGAUAUAAUAUUACUAUCUAUUUUAUUUGAUAAAUAA